AUGUCUUACGGCAGCCCAGGAAGGGAGGUUCCCAUGUCCCAAAAUGAACAGUCUCAUUAUGUUCGUACACAGGACUAUGUGCGUACCCCGAAAUUUUCGCGUCCUCCGUUGGGAUCUGGGAAAACAGCGGCCUAUGGGAUCGGCGCCUACGAUGACACUGUGAUUGUGGACACCAAAAUUUUCAGCCGCGAUUCUCACGACUUUGCAGAAGAUGAUUUCAUCUGUCCGGGAUUCUUCAAUCAUGUCGAUUUAGGCGGGUUCACCCGCCGCUUCACUCCUCCGCAAUGGACUUACGAGAUGCGACACCAGGCCCAGUCCAUCCUUCCAUUCUUGUCUUUGGGACCUUCAGUAUGCUUGCGCGAUGCAGAUUACAUCCGCAAGCAAGGCUUCACGCUCCUUCUCGCCAUUCGAAGUCGGCACUCGGCUCUGGCACGUCUCAUCUCUGGGGAUAAGGCUGCGAAUGAGGUCGGUAUCAUGGCAGACACGAUCGAUGUUCUGGAUACCCAAGAGCUCAUCUCCGCAUUUCCCCGCGCUAUCCGUCGCAUUAACGAUCACUUGGCUGGCAUGGAUCUGGGACCUAAUGGGCCGGUGGUAAAUGGCUCACAGCAAAAGAGGAAAGUACUUGUCUUUUGUGAAUCGGGAAAUGAGCGCUCUGCCAGUGUUGUCAUUGCUUACCUCAUGGUAAUGCUCAAUAUUGGAUCCCAUGAAGCCACACACAUGAUCCAGCAGCGUCGUUUCUGUGCCUCUAUCGAAGACGCCAUGAGAUUUGUCCUUACAGCUUUUGAGUCCAUUCUUUCUGCUAAACGCGAUGUUGAGCGUGCUAAACGCAAGAGUGUGCCUCAUGCGGCUGCAACUCUUGCGCCACCAUCGCUGUCGCCAAUCCUCGCAAAAAAGCGAAGUUUCCAAGAUCACAGGGACGAUGAUGUUGCUAUGGAGGAUGAUAUGGAUAUGGAUGGUGAUGUUGAUCCUUUUGACGAGCGAAAGCCCAGUGCUCCGUUUCAAGACCGCGUGAUUUAG